UUCGAAGUGAAUAAAUUAACGUUUCAAAAUGGCGUCCGAUUUGUAUUGUAUUUGUCGUCAACCGUACGACGAGAUGCAAUUUAUGAUCCAGUGUGAUGCUUGCGAUGAUUGGUUUCACGGAAGUUGUGUGGGAAUCGAGGAGUACCAAGCGAACGAUAUUGAACGUUACCAUUGUCCGCGUUGUGCUCCGAAAUAUGGCCCUCUCACACUGAAAAGACAGGAGAACUUUCAUCGCCAUGACUCCAGCGACAACAAGGCCCAAAGCAAAGCGGUUCAAGCAGGAACUGUUGUGUUUAUAAAGCAGUUGAAAAACAAGCAAUUUUCAAGCCCGGAUGCCAUUCUUGUGAAGUGCAAUGGGGCCGAGCUAACGGCCGAUUAUUUCACGAAGAAAGGCUUCAAGAAACCAAUUUUAGUCGAAGCCAAAGGCGAACUUGGUCUGCUUGUUCCAGAGUCGUCGUUUUCGAUUCUGGAUGUCCAGAAUCAUGUUGGUGGCGACUUUGUAUUUGACAUUAUUGACGUCAUUAGUCAGGGAGAUCUAAAGAUGACGAUGAAAGAAUGGAGUGCUUACUUCAUGGGCCACAGACGGAACAAAACGUUGAAUGUCAUUAGUUUGGAGUUUUCGAGGACAAGGUUAUCCAAAUUAGUCCGCGGACCGCGUGUAGUCUGCGAAAUCGAUUGGGUGAAUCGUUUUUGGCCCGACCACGGAGCGGACGACAGUCCGUUGCAACCAAGACCUUGUGUUCAGAAGUAUUGCUUGAUGGGAGUCGAGAACGCCUACACGGAUUUUCAUGUUGAUUUUGGUGGCUCAUCUGUUUGGUAUCAUCUUUUAUGGGGCGAAAAGAUUUUCUAUUUUGUGGAACCAACCGAGACGAAUCUUAAACUGUUUGAAAAGUGGUCGGCAUCCUCCAACCAAAGUGAAAUGUUCUUUGCCGAUCUCAUCACCAGAUGCUACAAAGUUGUUUUGAAACCUGGGCAGACGUUGUUCAUCCCUUCAGGUUGGAUUCAUGCUGUUUUUACGAGCAAGGACUCGCUCGUCUUCGGCGGAAAUUUUCUUCAUUCAUACAACAUUGGACUUCAGCUGAGCAUUUAUGAUAUGGAGCUACGGUUAAAGACCCCUGCAAAGUAUUUAUUCUCGUCCUUUGAAUCUUUGCAUUGGUAUGCGGCUGUCGGCUUAAUUGAUGAACUGAAAAAUCUUGAAGAUUGUGGCGAAAGAAAACCGCAGUUUUUAAUCGACGGAAUUCACGACUUGCUCAAGAAAUUGAAGUCCUGGGUUUCCAAAAAGGAUGGCUCGUUUGAUCAACACAAAGUUUUCAUACCGGAAGCUAUGGAUUACAAUAAAGUCGUCAAGUCUUUAUUAAAAGCGUUGAAACAAGCUGAAAAACCAAGCGUUGUAGUUCACGAGCAAAAGCCCGUGAUUAGGAUCAAAAACCCUGCUAUGGCAAGCGACAGGAAAUCAGAAACGCGCAAAAAAGCGAGUCGAAAAACCAGCGUAAAAAAAAACACCCAGACGGAAAAUAAGGCAUCGACCGAAAACAGCCUUAAAUUGGUCGUAUCUAACGGAAAAGUUGUCAGUGGCACUAAGCGAAAACAGAAGAUUGUGAAAGGAAAUUCGAAGAAAGAAGAGCAAUCGCUUAAGAGUUCUUAUUCAUGUCAGUCAUCGCAAGAACAACCGCUUCGUUUAACUUUAUCAACCUCAAAUGGGCGAGAAAUGUCGGACGAAGAUGUCGAUGUGGAAGAUGCAUUUCCAGCUAUCCCAGAAGCCAAUGGUUUCCCAAUACAGCAGCAGCUUCACGCACUAUACAAUGGCAUGGGGAAAACGACUUCAACGACUCUUAAAACGGCCUCUACGAGGCAUCACCUCCCAGCUUCUAUAGCAUCAGCAAGUAACGAAUAUUCCACGGGGAAGCAAACCUCAUUUGUCAAUGAACAACGACGGUCCCGGUUAAACAGUCCAGCGGAAGAUGAAGAAGAAUUAUUGAACAAAUUUCCCAGUGAUCCCGAUUACGUGUAUCCAACUAUAGAAAACGAUGAAAUUUCUGGAAAAGUGAAGUGGAAACCCGGAAUGAAGAAGAAGAAAAGUGAACGAGUGGAUGCAACGUGGAAUCCGAAAGGUCGUAUCGCUCAGUCACAAGUCGAUGCUCAUCCCCGUCCCGUACGACAGAUCUCGAGGAAAACCGAGUUUGAACCGACGAACAAUAACAACAAUCUAAAGUCGCCAAGGACAUCUUCUGAGUCCGAAGGUGCGAUGAAAAAGUACCCGAGCUCCUUUAAGACCUUCGGGUGCUGGCAACCAAUCAGAAACGGAAAAAGGCAACGCGUCGAAGAGAGGCAGGCGACCAGUUCAAUUGACGACGAAACAAAGACUUGCGAAAAAAUUAAAACUCGAUAAAGGCGGGAUGUUUAUGCGUUAGCAGUACCACUUUCGUAAUUUUUUAUCGUCUGUCGCUCUAUUUACAUUGUAUAUGACUUAUUUAUUUUGUAUUACCAUGGCUUUCAUCUAAGAUUCCGGGAAA